AUGACUUUCAAAAGUAUAGCGAGGUUGCUAUUCCUCCUGUUCAUCACAGCAGUGGUGGUCUCUUCCCAGGAAUACCCACCUCCACCACCACCACCAGUAGAUGACCAAACCUUAGGUUCUCUGGGAGUCCAAGUCAUAACUGAUUUUUUGACAGGUGAUUUUGUUAAAAGGAAGAUUCAACUUUUAUUCGACGUAUUAGAUCUAAAAGCCAGGUUACUUUACGUCAUCACCUCCUUCUGCACCACUGAGAACCUUAUAGCCCUCAGAAGAUUCCUGGAUUGGGUAUGCAGGCUAAGCACUUUCCUCAACCAAUUCCUUCCAGAGAUGCCUGACAUAAAUCCGAAGACUGCAUUGCUCGAGCUGUUGAUAAACAAGGUUACAAACUUUGUAACACCCCCUACGGAAGCUCCAGCAGUCUACGUGCCGCCUAUGGUAGAAAACACACCCCCUCCUUCAGUGUACACUCCAUCUUCUUAUUAUAAUCAGAAUCAAGACUCGAAUGACAUAAACAAUAACAACAACCCUGAAGAAUCCAAUCCAGAGUUGUCGGUUAAUGUAAAGAGAUCUCUAGACCCAAUGGAAGUUGCUGAGAGCAAGCAAAAGGAAACCAAACUGACCGAUUUGAACGAAGAUGAGAUCAGGAAAAUGCUGAAGAACCAAGAGGGUGUAUCGAAGCUCAGUAAACUAAUUUAUUCCACCAAACGAUAGGCUUGUAUAUUCUGAAUUGGAGAGUCAAAACUUAGUGAAACCAGAAAUCUUCUUUUCAUGUGCCAUGAUUUGAGCUUUACUUACUUCGAGUCAUUCACAUAUUUUUUGGUAAUCUCUAGAAACUUUUUCAUAUGGUUUUGAAUAAUGGAAAGUUGGAAGUAUCGCAGUGUUUCUAGUACAAUGAAUGUGAAUAAUUGAAGAAUUCUUCGAAAAGUUUGAGCUUUUCUGCUACGAAGAUUAAUUUAUUUUUGAAUGAAUUUAGU